AUGGACAGUAGCAUCGAUAACAUUCUGAAGCUUGCCAAGAGUAUGAACCAUGACAGCUAUGAAACAGUCCUGAAGAAAAAAUCCGAACUUAUUCAACUUGUUGAGGAGUUUCACAAGCAGUACCAUUUACUUCACUUCUUUUACAAAGAUUCGCAGGAAAAGGGAAAGCAAGAUGUCAGUGACGAGGACACUGCUUCAUCCACUUCAUAUUAUGAUAGUGAAGAAUCAGAAAUGUAUUAUACUCCAAAGACGACUGUCAUGAAUAGUACUGGUCGCUCCUCAUUUGACAGAGAUUAUUUUGCUUAUAAAUCUGGAAGUCCAUGUGCAGAAGAUGUAAGAGAAGUGGUUAAAGAAGCUUUUUAUGUGGAACCAGUUUCAAUAUCUAGCAAGGUCGAAAAAGCAGAUGUAGAUGGGCUAAUUAGCGAACUCAAGUUACUAAGAGAGGAGCUAGAUGAGAAAGAGGAUCAAGUUCAUUAUCUUACUAAGGCACAUCAUGCUCUUGAGGUUGAGAAAUCGGAAAAGAUAAAAGCGCUAGACUGGCAGCUGGAUGCUUUGGAAAGUCAGCUGCAAAUUUUAAGUAUUCAGAAUCAAGGGCUGAAAGAGACCAAUAUGAUAAAAGAUAACGAAGCAAAAAGAAUAUGUGGGGAAAAUUUAAUAUUAAAAGAUAGAAUUGCUGAACUUGAACUGAUAAUGGAAGAGAAAGGAGAUGAAAUUUUUGCUGUCUUGAAGAAUUUCAACGAUAAUGAAAACCUUUUGAUUGAUUCCUUAAGCUUUCAAGAAGGAAAAAUAGAAUUGUUGUUAUCUCAAACCGGUAAGAGAUCAGAUGAGAUACUUGUAUUGCAGCAAGAACUUGAGAAAAAAUCUCAUGAAAUGUCAGAGUUCCUCAAGCUGGCGGAUAGUUUGAAAGAGGAAUUAGAGCGUAAGACUGCAGAUGAGCAGAAUAUGGCAGAAGAGAUGAAUAGUUUGAGAAUCCAAAUACAAGAAUUGGAAAUGCUGAUGAAUUCUUUAGGGGAAUCGAGAGGUAUUAAUAAUGAAGUCGAACAAUUAAUGUUACAAAAUGAAAAGCUGUAUGACAGAAUAAUUUUACUAGAAGGGGUACUUAAGGAGAAGGAGGAUGAGCUUGCCACGCUCCAAAAUAAGAUUGAAAUUAAUCAUAAUAAGGAUAAUGAUCAGACUGAGAAGGAAGCGGAAAAACAGUUGGAGGAGAAAGAACUGAACAGGAUGCACAUGGUACACAGACAAACCAAAGGUAUUGCAGAUACCAAUUUAUCAGAAGAUGUGAAUGUCUUUGACAGGGAAGAAGAACUUACUGAGUUGAUGCAGAAAAACAAAAAACUAGAGAUCAAAGUGGGAGAGUUGGUAAAAAUUGUUAUAGAGAAUGCAGAAGACAUGCACCUUCUGAAGGAGCAGAAAAGGGAGGCAAUACGACAGUUAUGUGUGUGGCAAGAUUAUCAUAUCAGUCGUUAUGAUUUGCUCAAGAAAGCGUUUUCUGAUAUGAUUGCAAGAAAUCAGGUCAUGGCAAGUUGGAACGGUUUCUUAUAG